ACAUCUCUAUCUCUCGCUUUAUAUAUAUGUAUAUAUAUAUAGUCAUGCAUUGAAAAGUCAAAGAUAGGCGAGUGCUCAUAUCGUAUAUAUAACUUUCAACCUAUCCUGUUAUAUAGAAUUGCAGUCUCUCUCUCUCUUUCAAAGUCUAUCUACAUCCACAUACAUAUACAUGUGUAGAUACACAAAUUUUAUACAUGCAUAUAAAUAUAUAGACUCUGUGAAAUCCGUUUCGCAUACACCCUUUCCUGCCUCAGACACAUACAUACAUACACACAGAGAGAAAAAAAAUAUCAUCUUCCCAAAACCCAACCGCAAACAAUUAAAAGAGCAAUUAAAGCCAUCAGCAGCAGCAUCGUCAACACCAAACAUCGUCAACAUCAAUAUCGUCGUCGUCAACAUCAUAGGACGGAGUCGGAGGAGGUGUGUCAACAGCAGCAGCAGCAGCAACAGUGAGAGUAGGAGGAGGAGGAAGAGGAGGAGAAGGAGAAGGAGGAGGAGGUGGUGAGGGAGUAAAAGCGAAAAUGGCGAACGCGAGGCCCGAAAACUCGACUUCCUUUGAUGAAGACAGUCCCGUGGAGGAAUACGACGAAGACAUAGAUGACGUCUUCAGCAACGGGAAGCAGAACGGAGGACCCCCGACACGCUCCGUCGACCGAUACGGGUUUAUCGGCGGCGAUCACUACACAAGUCCCGAUGAGAUUCCUCGUCUGACCCUGGAGAUGAUCCGAAAACGUGAAGUGAAGUGGAUCGACAUGUUUGAGAACUGGGAGAAAUGGAUGACGAAACGAUUUAAAAAAGUGAAGGCCAGAUGUCGAAAAGGAAUCCCACCCUCUCUGCGGGCCAGGGCGUGGCAACAUCUAUGUGGAAGCAGUUUCCUUAUGAACCAGAAUGCUGGCAAAUUCGAUGAGUACCUUAGCAAAGCUGGAGAUCCCAAAUGGAUUGAAGAUAUUAAAAAAGACUUACACAGGCAAUUUCCUUUACAUGAAAUAUUUGCACUGCGUGGGGGGCAUGGGCAGGAAGAUCUAUUUCGAAUACUGAAAGCAUACACGAUACACAAUCCCCAGGAAGGUUACUGCCAAGCGCAGGGCCCCAUCGCAGCUGUGUUGCUGAUGCACAUGCCAGCCGAGCAAGCCUUUUGGUGCCUGGUGUCCAUAUGUGAGAAAUAUUUGCCUGGUUAUUACAGUCUUGGAUUGGAAGCAGUACAUAUCGACGGUGAUGUUCUGUUUGGGCUUUUGAAAAAAUCUUCCCCUUUAAUUUAUAAACAUUUGAAAAAACAAAGAAUUGAACCAAUAUUGUAUAUGACAGAAUGGUUCAUGUGUAUAUUCAGUCGGACAUUGCCUUGGACAGCUGUUCUACGAGUGUGGGACAUGUUUUUCUGUGAAGGUGUGAAAGUGAUGUUUCGGAUAGCCCUGAUAUUAUUCAAGUUGACCCUUGGCACGCCAGGCAAACUUUCUGAGUGUCCAUCAUUGUACGAGACGAUGGAUAAAUUAAAACACAUCCCCCACCAAAUGAUCGACGGAGAUUUCAUCGCUAGAGAGUCUCUCAAGCUUAAUAUCGAUGAGAAAGAUAUGGAGAAAGAACACCAGCGACAGAUUACGAAACGACGAAACCUCCGCGAGAAGGCACUGAAAGAAGCCUCAGCAACGAAAGGCAAAAAAGAGAAGAAGAAGCUGUUAGGCAAACUGACGAAGAAGGACAGUGAAAGCAAACUACUGCAGCAGCAACAUCAGCAGACUCCGGCGAAUGUGAUGCUCAUUAGCAGCCAGAAACUUCCAGAGACUACGCAGACAGCACAACCAAAGAUGGCACUGCCCAUCUCCGCAUCCUCUCCGACCGUUGGGCAAACGACAGCGGUGACCACCACCACAACAAACACAACCACCACCACCACCGGUAUCCCUCAGCGCUGGUCUGCCGACCUCGACGCGCACAGUAAUAUCAACUCGCAUGUGUUGUACGCGUCGCAAAUAAACACGGAGGAUGAGAGUCAAAGAAGCGUCGAGCAGCUUCCGGCUGAGAAAUUUGCACACGAUGAGGAGCAACAGGUGCAGGAGACGCUGGCACCGGUGCAUUCUAAGUCCGUCCUGGUACCCGUAGAAGAGAUACGGCAGAAGCUCGCCGGGCCAGAGAUGAUGGCCCCUCGCGCGAUCGAGGUGAUACAUGCCACCACAGCAGCGGUUUCGGAAGCCGUACCUGCUAGAGUACUUCCGAUACAUUUAAAUGAACAGGCAGAGGUAGUGACAGUAUCAGAAGCUGCAACAUCGCUGCACAUAGAAGGCGUGGUCGAACCAACACAUGCAGAUGCCCGGCAUGCAUCUGAUGUCGCUGCACCAGAAGUGCGAAUGGCAAUGCCUCAACCCCAGUCACCGGCUGAAGUCAAUUCUAUCGAGGUGCGGCCGGAAGAAAGCCAUUCUCAAACCACUUGUCACACGUCACCGUCUGAUCCAACGCAUUCUGAACCAGCGCGUUCAGGUGCAGUGACACAUGCAGGUGGCACGCAGUCUGACGUUGCGCAGCCAAAGCCAAAAUCCAAGUCGAAAUCCAGGAAGUCGAAAGCCGUGAAGAUUGAGUUAGUGCAUUCGGACGGGGGAGGGGCAAAAGGGGUGUUGUCGCUGGGCGGUGGCAGUGACGGAGACUCGCACGGAGCUCGUCCUACCCUGACUUCCUUUGGGCAGCGGAGCGGCUGCAGCGGCGUGACGUCGUCAUCAACAAGUUCGUCAAAGUCGACAGUAACGAGAAGGACGAAGACCCGUACGACGGAGGAAGAGAGGACGUCGACAACAAUCGUAAGGAGGUCGAUGGAAUCCGGGGAGACAACUGUGAUGUCGACGACGAUGACCAGCUCCUCGUCGAGUUCGAGCUGGAAGGGUAAACCCGAGUCUGGGGAUGCCCCGCCCGAAGCCCGUCCCCACUCGGCUACAUUUAAUAACUCUUUCGAUGGUCAGUGGAACAUCGUAGAAGGGACACCUGUUGACAGUUUACGUUCAACCACCGUGACUACCAACAUCACCACGACAACCAGCACUAAAAACACUGUUGCAACCGCCGCAGAUGGCACCACUGCUGUCGGCGACCCCACUGCCUCUGCUCUCAUCAACAGCCCCACUGACACAACCCCCAACAACACCACCACCACCACCACAGCCAUAAACAACAACAUGACCACCACCACCGAAGACAAGCAAGCAACGUCGCCAAAAUCCCCAAAUGAGCUGUCCGUGAACUGCGACGCCACAUCGCCCACCAAUUUAGUGGCGCACGACGGAUUAUCUGAAGAAGACAUGUUGUCCCUACGAGAAAGCCGUCUCUAAUUAGCCAAAUUAACGAACUCCUGCCACUUAGCUGGCUAUUCCAGUCAUGUCCAGUCACGACCAGUUCUGUCUGGUCGAAAUUCUACAGUUUUUUUAUUUAUUUAUUUUCAUAUAUUUAUCAUUUUUUUUUUUUAAAAAAAUUUUUUUUUUUUUUGUAUAUUGUAUCAUUCUUUAAAUCAUUCCGGAAAACCCCUUUUUUUUUUCUCCCCUCCUCCAAAACACAAGCAUUUAACUUUUGUUUUUUGAUAUUUAUUAAACUUCACUCUGAUUUUUUUUUUUAUCCUUUCCUUCUUCU